AAUUUGGACGGAACUUUUCCUGGACCCUUUCUAUUUUUGACUUGUUCUUUAUAGGUGCCUCUUAACUUUUACUCAUCUCGACGCCAAGUCCGAGCUCACUUAACUCCAGCCACCACACUCGCUUCCUCUGGUCAAGAAAAACUGUCAUGAAUUGACGCGAAUUGAACCCCGACCCGCACACGAUGUACGGCGAAUACCGCUCCCAAUCCCACCAGCGCGGCGACAGCCCACGCCGCCCAUCUCCCCAUCACGACUCGAGGGACUACUAUCGGUCGCGGAAUGACCAUUCAAGGAGUCCAGUCCGUGACAGGAGACGCGACUACCGAGGAGGAUACAACAACCGCGACGAGCUGCAAUAUGACGACGAUGACGAAGCUCAAGGGCGAGAACAGGGCGAGUGGGACGAGAGCGAGGACAGAGGCCGACAGCAACGGCGGCGGAGGUCGUUCUCUGAGGGUGGCCAUGAUGGAAGGUCUGGCCGGUCCUUGACGCCUGUUUCUCGCCCUGGUCCUUCCAACACGUUAAUAUUGGAGGGACUGCCGAUGGAUGUUAAUGAGGAUGAUAUUCUCGAUGGUUUCGACGCUUUUACCAACUCAUCACGGUUCGCCUCGGAUCAGAUCAGAGCCGUUCGACUACGUACCAAUAAACUGGGCCGGAGGAUAUGCUUUGUUGAGUUCUUCAGCGUCAAUGAUGCAGAAGACUUUAUCGAAAGACACAACUACAGGAUGAGCCUGGAUCUCCCUGUACCUGGGAGAAGAGAAAUGGAGUCUGUGCAGGUCAGCGUCAACUACAGCCGGAACAAGGAGGAUGGGGGCGGAAGCGAUGGACGCUGGACUUGCGCACAUUGCUCUGGUGUCAACUAUUCACGUAGGGUGGCCUGUUACAAAUGCGGCCGAGAAGAAGAUGACUCUGGUACGGGUCCCAUUCUCACUGGCGAGACCGAUGAAGCGCCUGCACAUCUACCUUCACAGUACCUCGUAGUGAGAGACCUGGAGGGAUCAAUUACCGAGGAAGUUCUCGCCAAGGGCAUUACGAAGCUUUUUGUUGAUGAAAGCAAGCUUCCAAAGGAGCAAGCUCCGCCAGCGAAAAAGCUCAAGUCUACAGCCCCUGUUGGCAACACCACCAAUUUGGGUGCCAAGCCUGGAUCUUUGCGUAGGGUAUUCCUUAUGCGCGACAGGAGGACCAACGAGUCAUGGCGGUACGGCUUUGCCGAAUUCCGGACUUUGGAGGAUGCUCAGGCUGCCGCUGCCAAGUUCAGGGCAUCGCCUAAGUUCACAAUCUCGUCGAAGCCUGUCACUGUUGGGUUCAUCCAUACCGGAGUUUUUGUGCCUGUUUUGGAGGCGGACGACCAUGAUUCGCCUCCGACGGCCUUUGUUCCAGUCUACAAUCGGGAGGUGAAACUCAAAUACUGGGACAGCCGGGCAUAUCCGAGCAUUUAUGACGUGAUCCGAGAAGCUAGCCCGGAGCCGACUAGUCCGGAAGGCGCCAGCCCAGAGAAGCCCGAUGUUGACUCGAAUGCUACAGUCGAUGCAAACGGCAAAAGAGGCAAGAAAUCCAAGGACAAGGAAAAGGAGAAGGCGAUUGCCAUGGCGCCGCAGAUGCAGAUGUGGGCCAAGAAGCGGGCGGAGCUGCAUCGGACUGGCAUAAAACCAGGCGUUGAAGGUGUUGUGGAGAUGGAAUUGGAUUCCCCAGGCGAAGGAGAGCAGCAGCAGCAACAAAGACGGGCCUUCGGUCCCCGUGCGAAGCAUGAAAAAGACACAUACAUCAGCUAUGGCCAUACGGAUGACCUGGCGUGCCUUUUAUGCAUGCGGCGGUUCAUGACGGCGCAGGAUCUUCGCGACCAUGAGGUGCUCAGCCAAGACCAUGCAUCUGCACUGCAGGAUGAAGAAAAGGUCCGCAGGGCUACCGCCAGGUUGGAUAAAGCUGGCAAGAAGCCAGAAACGGUGGUACGGCGCACGACUCGCGACAGGUCGGACCCGGCUCCGAUUUAUACGUCAUAUGCGGACCUGGAUGCGAUUUAUUGCAUGCUAUGCCGUCGACGGUUCAAGGGGCUGGCUACUCUGCGGUUGCACGAGAGGGAAAGUGAGCUGCACGUGACAACUUUAAAAGAUGAAAAGCGUGUGGAGCAGGCCGUGAUCGAGCUCGUCAAGCUUGGCAAAACCCCGAUCCAGAUGAGGCCCAAGGAAAGUGGCAACCAAUACCGCGACCGAGCCAGGGAAAGGCGCAAGGCCUUUGGUCCGUCUACCAAGGCCAAGAGCGGCCAGAACCAACCAAAGAAGGACGGCGGUAAAAAGGAAGAGGCAGCACCCAAGGAGAAGCAACCAUCCAAGGGCGCGGCGCUGCUCAGCAAAAUGGGUUGGACGGCCGGACAGGGGCUGGGUGCGGACGGUAGCGGGCGUGCGGAAGCGAUUCGGACCGAGAUGUACAGGCCAGGCGUUGGACUUGGAGCCGAGGGAGGAAAAGUUGGAGAUGCUGCAGAGGCGGCAAGUCGGAACACCAAGGGCGUUUACGACGACUUUGUCAAGGUCACAAAGGACAAGGCAAGGGAGAGGUUUGAGAAAUUGGAAUAACAUGAUUGGGGCCGUUAGUGGCCGAAACUCUAUCUAGGUUUUGCCAACACGUGCUCGCUCACUACGCGACACCCGAAUUGAUGUACCGAUGUGCUAUCGCCCCGCUCAUACCUUCACAAGGUGAAUGGCCAGCAUUUGAGGACAGGCUUGUCAAGCAGGUGAUGGACUAACAACAACCUAUUAUGAACGACCAAUUGACUUGUCCGAUCAGAAUACAGUACUCCGUACAGCAACGAUGCACG